AUGGGAGAAAGACCUUAAUCUCAUGAGGAUCUCAAAAUUUUGAGAGAAGAGAGAACACUUGCUAAUAAACUCAGAGAAGCAAUUUCUUUCUGCAAGAAUACCCUUGAGAUCUCAACUAUAGAUGAUAGCAAGUUGAGCUUAGAUGAAAAAGUCAACUUUGAGAAGUGUCUUACCUAGAAUUAUCUUGUUAAGCACGGCUAUGAUUAUUUCGGAAAAAGAGAUUUAAUUUACUUAGACCUGUUUGGGACUGAGGAUAUCAAAAGACUUAGAGAAUCCGCAUGA